AUGGGUCUGGAGGAUUUCGAGAAGGAGCUCGCGCAGACCAAGAAGAAGGACGACAAGAAGAGACGCGAUCGAAGCAGAAGUCGCGACAGACACCACAAGCACCGCUCAUCGCGCCAUCACGACGACGACCGAGACGAGCGCCACCGUCACAAGCGAUCGCGACACCAUCGCGAAACUUCGGAAGAGCGCGCGCGGAGGAAAAGGCGUGAGAGGGACGAGAAUGACGACCGGUCGCGACGGAAACACAAGGAACCCGCAUCGAGCGACGAGGAAGACCGUUUGACGCGAAAGCGCAAGUCGCGACACUAUGAGGAAGAUGAAUCGUCAGGAGAUGAGGUGCCCCAGGAGAAGGACUACGCGCCACCAGACGACGAUAUCCUCGACCAGCAGCUCGAAGACGCAGCGAACGCAGACCUGCAACGCGACGACUGGAUGAAGGCGCCUUCUUCCAUGGAUGUCGAAUAUGUGCAGCGCAAGAACAAGGAGGAGAAGGCGACAUAUGUGAAGGCAUCAGAUGAGGGUCAGCCGGCGCUCAAAAUGCAUCACGCGGAGCUGAACCGUGAUUUGGGAAACUCCAAGGACCGGGAAGCUGUCGCGGAAGAACCCGCGCAAAGAGAAGUUAGCUACACAUUCGGUGACUCGGGUGCGCAAUGGCGCAUGACGAAACUGAAGGGCAUCUACCGAAACGCAGAGGAGUCAGGGCGAAGUGUAGAAGAAAUAGCCAUGGAGAAAUAUGGCGAUCUACGGGACUUUGAUGAGGCGCGUGAGGAAGAGAUCGAGCUGGACCGCAGAAAGAUGUAUGGGCAAGACUACGUCGGAAAAGAAAAGCCAUCCGGCGAGCUAUUCGAAGAACGCAGACUCAGCGCAGACAUCCACAGGCCGUCUCGCGAGUCGCACGAACCCUCAGAGCUACCCCAAGGCGAAACAGUGCAGGACCCCCAACCUGCAACAAACACUGUCAUGCUCAGCCAGACCGAGCUGAACAGACUGAAAGCGCAAAUGAUGAAGGCAAAGAUGAAGAAGGCGCCCGAAGCAGCCCAACUGGAAGCCGAAUACAACGCCGCCCUAGCCGGCAACUCAACCUCCCAAAACCGCGACGUCGUCGUCCUAAACGCAAUGGACAACCGCAUGCUAGCCGGCGGCCGACAAGGCGAAGUCAUCGCCCUAACCAACAAACGCGGCACGGAGCGCGGCCUCGUCAAAGAAAACGAAGAAAUGACCAUCGACGACAUGGUCCGACAAGAACGGCGCACGAAGAACCAAGCCGGCGGCGAAGGCGCCCUGCUCGCCGAAAAGAUAGCCAAAGACAGCAAAUUCGACAACGACCUCGACUACAUCGACGACAACGCGACCAAACUCGCCGCGCGCGCCCCCAAAUCCUCCAUCAACCUGCGCAACGCCGCGAUCCAAGACUACACGAAAAUGAACCGCAUCCUCGACGCCUGCCCCCUCUGCCACCACGAAGACAAGUCCCCGCCCCAACCCCCCACCGCCCCCAUCAUCAGCCUCGCAACCCGCGUCUUCCUGACCCUGCCCACCGAACCUGAAAUCAGCACCGGCGGCGCCGUCAUAGUCCCCAUCCAGCACCGCACCAACCUGCUCGAAUGCGACGACGACGAAUGGGACGAAAUCCGCAAUUUCAUGAAGUGCCUCACACGCAUGUACCACGACCAAGGCCGCGACGUCGUCUUUUACGAAAACGCCGCUUUUCCCGGGAGAAAAGGACACGCGGCGCUCAACGCGGUGCCUAUUCCCUACGAACUAGGUGACACGGCGCCUGCGUUUUUCAAAGAAGCGAUUCUGGAGUCUGCGAGCGAUUGGACGCAGCAUAAACCGCUUAUUGAUACGCAGAAGGCGAGUCGGAAUGGGCUUGGGAAACAGGCUUUCCGGAGGAGUCUGGCGAAGGAGAUGCCGUAUUUUCAUGUUUGGUUUGAACUAGAUGGGGGGCUGGGGCAUAUUGUGGAGGAUGAGAGGGCGUGGCCGAGGGGCGAUUUGUUUGCGAGGGAGGUGUUGGGCGGGAUGUUGGAUGUGGGGGUUGAGGUUGUGAAAAGGCAGGGGAGAUGGGUCAAGGGGGAUCGGAGGGUUGAGGGAUGGAGGAAGGGGUGGAGGAAGUUUGAUUGGACGAGGGUGCUUACUGAGGGUCAGUAG